GCAGUUUGAAAAUAAUUUGCAUUUGAAAAUUAUUUGAAAUUGAAAGCAUGCCUAUAGCCAAAUCAUGGACAUCCUUCCUUUUAUUUGUAUACCUGUUCCAUUUCAUCUCCAUGGCUUCAGCCGCUGAUAUCGUUAUAGAUGCGUACGGAAUGUUCUUCAAUCAGAGCAUAUUCGAAACUUUGGAUAUCAUUGGUAUGAAGCAAUGUGUAAGAGAAUGUCAGAGUAGGGACGACUGUAAAGCGGUCAACUACAAAAGAGACGACCUUCAGUGUCAGCUUCUUUGGACAUCUACCUCCAACUCUUCAGAAUUGCAAAAAGAUGAUAAAUUCCAAUAUAUCACCAUGGAAUCCCAGACAACGGUCCUUAAAAAUUGUACAACAUCAUGCAAAGAUAGACUUACUGUACGCUUCUCCAGCGGACAAGAGUACUGUGUAGCAAAUACGUGCCCGGUGAACUACAGGAUGAACAAGACAUUGAAAUUCUGUUACCUGGCUGUUGAAAACAGAGAUUAUGACUUCACGACCGGAAUGGCUUACUGUAGGAACAUUGGUUCCCGACUCGCCGUCUUACCAACGAUAGACUACCACUGGUAUAUGGUUGAAGAGUAUCAGAACAAUAUGUUAGAAAAUCACAGAUACAGAGUGGGUGGAUUCUUCAAUGUUACAAUCGGAAAAUGGCAAUGGAUAGACGGGAGCUUGGUGUUUGACAGAAUCAAUAGGACCCUCACUCGGGUCAUUGACGACAGAGAAGAGUUAGCCUGGCUCGAAGGCGAUAUUCUAAAAGACUUUAGUACUGGAAAUACUGAUUGUAUGUUAUGCGAGAGAAUAAUCUAG